AUGCGCCUCCGCCAGGAGGGCAUGGACAAGGAGUCGCUCCAGGGGUGGGUGAGGGGGAUCUCUGGCGAGGAUGCUCCCUUUGCGAAGUUGCUGCCGGGGGUCUUCGCCCUCCACGCCGGCGUCCCUGACUUGAGCAGCAUCAUCAGCUCCUUCCCACCCUGCAACGAGUGGGGGCUGAUGGACGAUUCCCCCACUCAGUCCCUGCGCUCCCCUCCGCCUGCACCUCGCGGGAAGCAGGCGCAGGAGGAGAGCGGGAGCGAGUCGGAGGCCGGCCAGCCCCACGACUCGUCCUCCUCCGACGAGGUGGGCCGGGUUGCCGCCACCCGGGAGGUCAUCCCCGUGGAUGAUGAGGAGGAGGAGGACGACGACGACACGCCCCUGAUAACUCGCCUCGCCCGGGAAGCCCAAGACGAGGCCACGGUCCCGGUCGUCCCCGAGGAGGAGCUCCACCUGCAGUUGGAGGCUCAGUGCGCCGAGCACCAGGACGCCCUGAGCGCGCUGAAGGCGGCGCAGGCGAAGGCCAAGGAGGAGCACAGAAAGGCGCUCGCCACGGCCCAAGCCCGCCUCGACAAGAAGAGCGACCUGAUCACCCGCUACGCCGGCCAGAUCCAGGGCCUGCGCGCCAAGCUGGAGGUGCAGACCAAGGCCACCGAAAGCUCGGUGACCGCGGCAGCCCGGCACGAGAUCCAGCUCAACGCUGCCAAGGACAAGGUGGCCCGGCUCGAGACCGAGCGGGCCGCUGUCCGGGAGGAGCUUACCAAGGCCAGUGAGGACAAUGCGGCCAAGGCCGCGGAGCUCGUGUCGCAGGCGGGCCUCGUUCGCAAGGCCAAGAAGGCCGCGCUCGACGCCCGGCUUCACCACGGCACGCUGAUUGAAUGCACCACCAUCGCGAUGGCAGUGCACCCGCUGGCGACGAGCGCGGGAGGAAUGCACCACCAUCGCGCCUCUGCGGCACCGCUCGCCUUCGCAGCCUCUUCCUUGGCUUCGCUCUGA